AUGUUCAGAAAAUCAGAAGCCCAGUCAAACCUUCGCGCUUUAAUUCAGAUUUCAUUCAAGGAGUAGUCGAGAAAACUAAGUGGGUUUCAUUUUUUGAGCCAGAAACCAGAAGAUUACGUACAGUGAAUUGGCUGGUUAUUAAAGAACAUCAAGAUGAUUACAACGACCGCUAAACGAUUUACCCUGGUGUUGCUUGUGCUAUGGUGUUUAUACGAACUUAAUGAAAAUUCGUUUACUGUACACGCAAUUUGUGAUCAAAACACCUGUCAACAAGACUGCGUAUAUGAAACGUGUGCGACAUCUUGCGACACCACUAAGAAGUGUGUUCAAGAAUGUUUGUAUUCAAAGUGCAACGCAACAUGUGGCUCGGGCGUCAAGAAUUGCACGCAGACGUGUGGGUACGGGGAUUAUUGUAAUUUUACAUGUGACAAUGGCACCGAAAUUUGCUUGCAAGAUUGUGCAUAUCCAGAUAACUGCCAGCAGAUAUGCAAUUCUAAGAAAUGUAACCAAGUGAGCUCAUAUACGAACAACAGCCAGCUCACAUGCAAUUCCGAAAAAUGCGAUCAGAAGUGCCUUUACGCGGGUUGCAUAGCAGCAUGUGGUUCGGGCGUUACGAAUUGCAAGCAGGAGUGUUUGUACGGGCAAUUUUGCAAUUUCACAUGUGACAAUGCGAUUGAAAUUUGCUCGCAAGAUUGUGCAUAUCCAGAUAACUGCCAGCAGACAUGCAACUCUAAAAAAUGUAACCAAGUGUGCGCUCAAACAGUCUGUACAGCUGCAUGUAGCUCUGAUGUCAAGGAAUGCGCGCAGGACUGUCCCUACGGGAAUUACUGCAAUUUUACAUGCGAGAAUGGAACAGAAAAGUGCUCACAAGGUUGUUUAUAUUCAAAUACCUGCCUGCAGACAUGCAAUUCUAAGAAAUGUAAUCAAGUGUGCUCCUACACAGGUUGUACAGCUGCAUGUAGCUCUGAUGUCGAGGAAUGCACGCAGACAUGUUCUUAUGGUGAUGAUUGCCAAUUCAAAUGUGAUGCCGGAAUCAAAAAUUGCUCGCAAACGACCUUCUAUUCGAAUAACAGCCGACUGACAUGCAAUUCCAAAAAAUGCAAUCAGAAGUGCCAAUACAAAGGUUGCAGUGCAACAUGUAGCUCUGAUGUUGAGGAAUGCACGCAGCAAUCUUCAUAUGCCGUUAGUAGCAAUUUAAAAUGUGGUAACGGAACUAAGACCUGCUCGCAAAGAUGUUUAUGUUCGAAAAACUGCCAGAUGACAUGCAAUUCUAAGAAAUGUCAUCAAGUUUGUGGUUAUAAAGGUUGUAUAGCAACAUGUGGCCCCGAUGUCGAGGAAUGCACGCAGGAAUGUCGCUACACAAAUUGCGUAUCACAUUGCAACGCCAAAAAAUGUGUUAAAAAAGGCAGCCAAUGGGUCCAGGUACUCAAUCCAAGUACAACGGCAACAAGCACUACCAUAGCCAGUUGUUUUGGAAUUAAAAGCGACAACGUGGAAUAGUAACGAGGGUGGCAUACAACUUGAAUCAUAAAAAUUUCUCGUUGCGUUGCCGUUUUGCGCCCGCGGUUUGUGUCAGGCUUCGCAGACUUCCUUGUCUACUCGCACAAGUCGCUUGUCGAAAGGAUUUGAAGGCGUGACACACUACUUCAAACUAAGAAGACCUACAUAUCAACCAUGAACAAUAGACAAUAAGUUAUCGUUCGGAUGGUUUUUGUGUUUACGUGCAUGCGGAGGCAGAGAAAUAUUUUGACGGAUAAAUAUUUUUCUGUUUUCAAAUUCUUCCGGCAUACAUACAUACGCUUUAUUUAAA